GAAGCCACCACUCAGACUUCAGCACCACAGACAGACAGACACACAGACAAGCAGGAUUCCUGAUGAGGUGAACAGAAAGUACAAACCAUCCCUCGGGAUGUGAUCUUACCAGAAAACUGAAUGACACAUAGAUCAACCAUUAGACCUGACCAUCAGUUUGCAGGAAACACAGUGCCAGGAGAGAAUGAAAUGACGCCACACGUGGCCCAGUAUCUUCAGCAAGAAAAGAAGGAAGGAUGCCAAAAAAUGAAAAGUUUGCAAGUUCUUUUGUCACCAAUUCAAAUGCUGAGAUGCUGAAUCCAGCCCUGGAGUGAGUGGCCACCUACGGGAGGACAGCUGGUCACCCGCAGCACAGCCCAUGGCCACCAGCAGGCUCGAAAACGCAGGCAAGAAACGACUUUCUCUGAGGCAAGUUUCUGUGAACCAAGGUGUGGACAAGGACAAAGCAAACCUAGGCUGCCCACUCCCUGUUCAUGAGUCCACACCUAAGGACCUGAGAACUCGGUUUGUACUGUCUAGCCCGUCUCCUAGGCAGAACGCCUACUGAGCAGAAUGCUCCAAACCUCCAGCUGUUGAACGCAAAAUCCUUGGGUCACCUUGACUCUCCCUUUUCCUCACCCACCCACAGGCCCCGAGCCAGACCCUCUCCCCAAUCCUUCUGCUUUGCUCCAUCGUCUUUGCUUCACCCUGUCCUUUCUGGAUACUUCUAUGGCUUCCUCGUUAGUCUCUCCAUAUUGCAACCUGGGUCGUGGAGAAUACGAAUCUGACCACGUCGCGCCUGGUGGCUGCAAGGCCUGCCGCGACCACGCUCCACCUCCUUUUGGGCUGCCUACCACUAGGCUUUGCAGUGCAGGCUGACUUGAAGGCUGGGGUUACUCUCCUCAGAAGCGGGGAGGGAAGCCCCUUGGGUGUGCGCAAGCAGCAGGGGUCUUCCUGGAGCCCGUGCGGCCGGUACCUCGGAGACCCCGGAACCAGAGCUGAGCCUUGCGUCCCAGGCAGCUCCAAACCUCCUGUGCGGGACGCUUCGUCCACGCUCGCCCUGUCCAGUCCCGGCGGGGCCGUCCCUAGGCUGAGGCUGCCACCAUCUUCUGCACUAUGCAAAUCCCUCACCGAACCCGGCAAAGAUGUCUGGGGUGCUCCGACCACCAAGGGCUCCGUGACAACGGGCCUGCCGGACAAGGUAGGUCCAGUGAACGUUCCACGUUGGGCUCAGGGCACAAGGAAGCUACGAGGACGGAAAGGGAAGACCGCGUCUGAGCCUCCAACCUAAGACCGGCACGCCGGCCGCAGCAGAGUCCGCGAGCAACUCCUCCGCGGACAGGCCAUUCCCGGCAAUGCAGCCUGGGACCGCGCCGCUCCGGACCCGAGCAGCCAGCGAACCCCCGGACGUAGUCCUCCGGGUAGGAAGCUGGCGGCCGCAGCGGGGUCCCCGAACACGGCGAACUCGCACGACGGCGGCUCGAGAAUUUACGGCUCUCGCGAGAUCUUCAGAACCCGAGGCGCACGGUCCGCGUACGCAGUUACCAAGGCAACGGGGCGGCCCCUGAGGCGCGCGAAGGCCGCGGGCCGGGAGAGGUUUCCCAGCGUCGCCGGCCGCGGCCCUGAGGAGCAUGAGCCGGAUCUCGGGGCUCGUGCCCUCCCGCUUCCUGACGCUGCUGGCGCAUCUGGUGGUCGUCAUCACCUUAUUCUGGUCGCGGGACAGCAACGUCCAGGCCUGCCUGCCCCUCCGAUUCACCCCCGAGGAGUAUGAGAAGCAGGACGUGCAGCUGGUGGCCGCCCUCUCGGUCACCCUGGGCCUCUUUGCCGUGGAGCUGGCCGGCUUCCUCUCAGGAGUGUCCAUGUUCAACAGCACCCAGAGCCUCAUCUCCAUCGGAGCGCACUGUAGUGCAUCUGUAGCCCUGUCGUUCUUCAUAUUCGAGCGCUGGGAGUGCACCACGUACUGCGCCCUCCCAGCUGUCACUGAAGUGGCAUUAUUCAUCGCCGUCUUUGGGCUGAAAAAGAAACCCUUCUGAUCAUCCUCACUGCAAGAACGUGGAGAACAGGGCUGGGGGAGCCAGAAGCUCCCGUUCCUGGCAGGACAGCGUCGCCGCGCCCCGGAAACUGCUUCUGGUGGAGGAUGUCGGUGUUGGGAUAAUUGUCUGGGAUUAUCAGCGUUUUAGUCAGUGCUUUGUAAUAAAUAAAAUCUAUUUUAUAAUAAGAUCAAAAUUUAUACAAUUUUCAGGGAACAAUUGAGUUGGCCAAACUACUGCAGAGAGACUGCUUUCCAGCCCAUAGAACAACAAGGGUCGCUUCUAUUUGGGGUAUUACGGUAGACAGCUGGCGGCAGGGAAGGGCGGAGAUAUGCAAAUAAGAUUGUGUAUGCUCAGAACUCCCGAGCACGUGAGGGAGCAGAGCAUUCUGGGAGGAGUUAGUUUAUUCCUUUUUGGCAAUUGAAUUUAAAAAGUUUUUUUUUUAACGUUACAAAUAAAUGUCGAAAUAUGAUUGAAAUAAUUCAAAGCAACUGGGUUUCUCCGACUAACGCGUUGCGUAUUCACCCUAGGUCUUAGGGGCAUCUGCUCCUCCGAAUGCGGAAUGGCCGGGGCGGGCCGGUAUCGUCAGGUGGGAUAAUCCUUACCUGUUCCUCCUUUUGGAGGGCAGAUAGAACAUGAUGAUUGGAGUUCGCAUGAUGCGUGAUUAGCGUCUCUGCGUAAUCAGGACUUGCAACACCCUGAUUGCUCCUAUCUGAUUCUUCCUGA